AUGUUUUUAAUUUGUUGGCUACCUUCUUGGGUUUAUGAUAGCAAUCUAUUUAUAAGAUUAAAAAAUUUAUAUAACAAUAAAUACAAAAAUUUCUAGCAGGCUUAACUGCAUUUCCAUUUAAUUUGUUCUACACUUUUAACAUUGAAAUUAUUCUUCAAAGAUUAUUAGUUUCAAAUAUUUAUUUCCUUUCACAAUUUCUCUACAGAAAUUUUAGAGGCUAUUUCAUUAUUAGAUUACUGGGCUAUUGUUAAUAAUUAGAAAAUGGAUAAACUAUUCCCAUAGAUGGAUUAAUCUACUAUAAUUCUAGACUUAGAUCCAUUAUAAAAGCUAUCUUAGUUCCAAUUCAUACUAUCCCUUAUAUUGCAUUUAUUAUUGUUACUGGCGCUAUUUCUCAAAAAUAUGUAUAGAUAUGUCUGGUUCUUCACCAAAAGAUGUAAUAAAUCUCUUUAAUCAUAUAUAGAUUACAAUAUAACUCACAGAACAAGACAUAAAAAAUUGUUGGUUACAUGA